AUGAACUAUAUUCCUGGUAAAAAUCUUAUAGCACCUGAUAGUCUUUCGCGAAUGCCCAUUGAUGAUAGUUCUGGUUCAAAAGAAUUAGAGGAGGAAAUAGAAGCUUAUAUACACAAGAUAUCCUUACAGAAUAUUUAUACGAAAGACGAAGAUAUCGUUCAAAUUAUCCAAGCACAAAUAUUGGAUAAGGAAUGUCAAGAAGUAAAACAAUUUGUGAGAAGUAAAUGGCCAACAAAGAUUAAACUGACUUCCGAUAUUAAAAACUAUUAUUCUAUUCGAAACAAACUUAGUUUAGUUGAUGAUUUACUGUUAAGAAGUAAUAGAAUGAUUAUUCCAAAGAAUUUGAGGCCUAUAAUGUUAAAUAAAUUACAUGCAGGACAUUUAGGUAUAACAAAGACAAGAAUAAGAGCUAAAAGAAACAUGUGGUGGCCAGGAAUUUCAAAAGACAUUGAACUUAAAGUUAAGAGCUGCCCAGCAUGUGUCCAGAACUCAAGAAAUAAACAGGAGCCGUUAGUUGCAUCAAGCUUGCCCGAUUAUCCUUGGCAAAAAGUCACCAUGGAUUUAUUUAAGUUAGAAAAUAAAUGGUAUAUCAUUAUAACUGAUUGUUAUUCCAGAUAUUUUGAAGUUGAAGAAUUGGUCCGCAUGCGAAUGAGAGAUGUGAUAAAAGUAUGCAAAGCAACGUUUAGCCGACACGGAGUACCUCAAAGUAUUUUCACUGAUAGUGGAACGCAAUUUCAAAACCUCGACUCAUCCGAGUUUCGACGUUUUAUGAAGGAAUGGUCUUUUACAAUUUUCACGAGCAGCCCUUAA